AUGGCUUCGUUCGUAGACAGCAUCGAGUACAAGCUCGAGAACAUCCCAGCGACAGCCGUUGCUUCGGAUGAGAUCGACAAGACAUUCCGCUCCAGUAGCAUUGACCUGAUUUCCGGGACAUUGGGCGGUAAGAUACUUGCCUUCUCUGAUCAAUGGUUCGCCGAAGCCGCCAACCUGCUGACCCCCACUGCCCCCAUCCGGCAGCCGGGCAAGAUGGUCUUCACGGGCGCUUGGUACGACGGUUGGGAGACCAGGCGGCACAAUCAGGACCCCUUCGACUGGGUCAUUGUCCGCCUCGGCGUCGCUUCCGGUACCGUUGAGGGUGUUGAGGUCGACACUGCCUUCUUCUCCGGCAACCACGCCCCGGCCAUCUCCGUUGAGGGCUGCUUCAGCGACAACGACGAAGAGGUUAUUUCGUGGAAGGACGGGCGGGGGAAGUGGGAGACGGUCCUCGGGAUCCAAGAGUGUGGCCCGUCGCAACGUUUUGGGUGGAGGCUUGCUGAGCCUACCAAGAAGCGGUACACUCACGUGAGGCUCAACAUGUACCCAGACGGCGGCAUCGCCAGAUUCCGGCUCUUUGGCCACGCAGUCCCCGUCUUCCCAGAAGACAAGGAGGCCAUCUUCGACCUGGCGGCCGCCCAGAACGGCGGAGUUGCCAUCUCCUGUAGUGACCAACAUUUUGGUACCAAGGACAACUUGCUCCUGCCUGGACGUGGCAAGGAUAUGGGCGACGGAUGGGAGACGGCUCGGUCACGGAGCCCUGGCCAUAUUGACUGGACCAUUAUUAAGCUCGGCGCACCUGGGUAUAUCCAAGACUUUGUCGUCGACACUGCACAUUUCAGGGGCAACUUCCCUCAAAAAGUGGCCAUCCAGGGCAUUGAGUGGAAGGGAGAGGGAGAGCCGGACGAUAAGUCAUCAGGAUGGGUAGAUUUGGUGGCUCCAAGCAAGACGGGUCCCGACCAGGAACACAAAUUUGCGAGCAGCUCCAAGGAAGCUCCCUUGACACAUAUUAAGCUCAUCAUGAUUCCCGAUGGCGGUGUCAAGCGGAUUAGAGCCUUUGGAAAGAGAAUAUACAGCCGCGGCGAGACACACUGGCUGUUCGAAGGCCUUCGGUCUCUCUCAACAAUCUCCGACGACGCAUAUAAGAAAUUCCUGAAAAAUAUGGAUGCAGCAGAAACUGGCAUGGAACUUGGUCUUUACCUUGUUCCUGCCCUCCUGGGUAGUGAAUACCCAAGAAACCUUUUCGCCCUUCAUGCACCAUUCGUGACGAUGGAUCCUUUUGGAGAAAACAUACCAGCAGCCCAGCCGGAUCUAUACUGCGGAGAGUUUCCGCCUGAGAGCCUUGACAAGUCAGUUCGUGAAGCUCUCGCUAAGCACAUAGACCCAUCACUGUCGGAAAAGAUGCCGAUAAUCCCAAACUUCUUUUUGGAGUACCAAGACCUGGCUAUUACUGAGAGAGAUAAUUAUGGAAACGAAGAGUUGCAAUACGGUAAUCAGCCAUAUACAUUCUCUGCUACAUAUCAUCGAGGCCUGCUUGUGCUCUACGCUCAUCAUGUCACGAAACCUUGUAACGAGGGCGAAUUGCCCGGGUUUCAUAUGAAUCCAAUCCGGAAUAUUCCCAUAUUAGACAGUCGCGAAUCAUUCAUCGAAGGCAUAACAGCCUUGAGGAAUGCAAGGGAUGAGGCUGUAAAACAUCGAGACCGUUUCAUCGCGGCUACAAACCGUACAAGGUCCAGCCAGCAGGAACAGGGGGAUCGCCAGGCUGACCAGUUUCUAAACACCCUUCAACAUCACAAUGUCAGCAAUGAUACUAUUCGUCAGAUGAUGGGGAUCGUUCAGCAGGCACUCCAACAACCUGCUGCCGUCAGCGCUGCUCCUUUCCAUCAGACGGCCCAGGCUUUUCACACCAUGCUUCAACCACCUGCUGCAAUUAGCGGCGACACUCUCCACCCUGAACCAGAAAACGAACAGGGCUUGAACGAAGGGCCGACAACCAUGACACCGGUUCUUCCUUCAGCAACGAGCGCGCCCCAGAGCGCUGCACCAAGCCAAAUUGCUACACAGCAUAAACGUCCAGGUCCUUCCCAGGAUGCAUCCUCUCGACCGUCUGUUAAAAAGACGCGUACAGGUCGAACCCCGGCACCUGCCCCUCCUCCCAUCAUGGACGCCGAAGACUCCAAUAACGACUUUGGCAGACCUCAGCGGAAGUCUGUGAUACUGCCUCCGGAUCUUCCCAAAUCCCUAGACGACAGGCGGCAUGCUCCAAUCGAUACUCUAAUCCCCGAGACUGAGAUGUACGAUGGCUGGCAAGGCGAGUCUCAAUUCCUCACAACCCCGGCCGUAGCGAAGCCGCUCAACUUCGCAAGCCUAUCCCUUGACGAGCCGGCAUUCGACAACGAUGGGCCCAAAGACAGCGACACCCGGCUCAUGGAGAUGCUGGCUGCCCAAGCCGCCCACUCGUCGGGGCCGGAUCUUCAGGAUGAGCAAGCCAUCGCCAACGAUGACAAGAUGUCGGACGAGCAGAAACGGGCCACGCUGCAAAAACUGCUAAACAUGGCCGCCAGCAAUGGCGACGUCGAGAAGGUGCAGAAACUCCUUGGUGGCAGUGCGAAGCCGUACAUUGACGUCAACGCCCCGGACGAGGAUGGCACCCCGCCGCUGAUCUAUGCUAGCUGUUUUGGCCACGAGCCAGUCGUCCAAACUCUCGUUCGAGGCGGCGCAGACGUCAAUAAACAGGAUCGCAACCAGUGGAGCCCUCUCAUGUGGGCAAUGACGAAUCGCCAUAAAGGAAUUGCAAAGCUGCUUUUGGAUAACGGCGCAUCUUCUGACCAAAAAACAUCAUCUGGGAGGACAGCUGCCGACUUCGUCCCUCCCGAUAGCGAGAUGUCCACCUAUCUACACACAAACGGCUACGCGAUUGGUACCGCCGGCGUGGUGGAUGAUUUCUACAGCCCAGGUCUCUCUCAGGACCGGUUCGAGGAAGAAUUAAUGGAAAAUGAAAUGCGAAGAAGGCUGAUGAUGGAGAGCGCCAGGGAUCUAGAGGUCGAUCUUGGUAACGUCGGAAUGGACGAUCAACCAGAGUCUGCCGAUGAGUUCGAGGAGGAACAACAAGAGUUCGAUUGGAGCCGAUGUUUACACGACCAGAUGUUCGUCUUCCAAGAACACGAGCUGGACCGGAUAUUGGAUAUUGUUAUCACACACAUGACGCCACAACGAUCGCCCACUCAGAAGCCCGUACCCGCCAAUAUGGUUUUUCUUAGCGCUCGAUAUGCACAUUACCACUCAAGUGCAGAGCUCCUGGAGCGGCUCCUCAUAUCGGCCAUGGACCGUAUUAAUGAUGUGGUCGAAAGAUAUCAGUGGGAUAUGACGAUACUCGCAUUCUGGUUAUCCAACGCCACGCUGCUUUUACAUUAUUUGAAGAAGGAUGCCGGACUUGUUGAGGCUACAUCCGAGUUCCAAGCCCACUUGGCUGAAUUGAUUAACGAAAUAUUUAUUCUCAUUGUUCGAGAUGCAGAGAGACGACUGGACAAGGUCCUAGAUGUGGCAAUGCUCGACCACGAAAUCAUCCCUGGUUUCGAGGAUAUCCAAUUUCAGAACGAGUGGAAAAUUUUCAAGCGAAAACCUACUGUGAAAGAGGAACCGCUAGAGAAACGGUUUCGACCGCCGUCCCCGAAGCAAAGAGCAAAGCCCGCUCCUCGAAACGUCACAUCGCUCCUCUCAUCCACGUUGUUUGUCCUAGAUCUCUACGAUGUCCACUCCGUGAUUACGUCGCAAAUCAUUUCUCAGCUCAUCUAUUGGAUUGGGGCCGAACUUUUCAACAGGAUCAUGUCAAACAGAAAGUAUCUAGCGAGGACAAAGGCGAUGCAAAUUCGGAUGAACAUCUCCAUUCUGGAAGACUGGGCCCGGACAAACAACCGGCAAGCUGAGCAUUACGAAACCGGUGAAAUGAAGUCUUCAGGGGAGACAACUGCAGAUGCCGCCAGGCACCACCUCGCUCCUGUUAUUCAGAUGCUCCAGUGGAUUCAAUGUUUCUCUUCCCUGGCGUCAAACGAUUUGGAGGCUCUCGUGGGCACACUCCAGCAACUCAAGCGGCUUACCCCACAGCAACUCAUACAUGCAGCUUCGCAUUACAGACUCGAAGUUGGCGAAAAGGGUCUGACAAAGAGCGCACUGAAGUAUUUACAGGCCAUUCAGAAGGAGGCGGCUCUCAAGCGGGACCGAAGGCGUAGCAGAGCUACAUCGUUAGUAUCAGUACCGGACAGCAGCCCGGCAACUCCUGUGAAGAGGAAUCAGGCACAAGGAAACGGGGCAGAUACGCCAAGCGUGCAAGGCACGCCCAAUGCCAAGGGCACAGAUGGGGCGGACGAGGAUUACGAUGAUGCGCCGGAAAAUCUACUGCUGGACCCUGCGCUCAUGCUCCCGUUCUCGCUACCCUCGGUAACAGACAUGCUGAUUUCCUAUGGCGCGGGUUUUGGAGGAGUGAACCGAGAACGGGAGCGCAAGUACAUCCCAACAGUGCCACCUGAGUUUCUCGAGAAGCUAGAAUUGAACGGCGGUCGGAAAGGGCCCAUGUUUGGAGAAAAGGAUUGGGAGAACGAGGAAGUAUGA